UUCGUUUUCGCUGAUAGAGAAUUCUGAAUGCAUUGCCACAGAGUUCCCUUUUGCUUCGCAGUUUUUCGUUUGGAGUUUUGACACAAACUUAUCGUAGGGGCGGGGUUAACGGUGAUCUACUCUGAUUGGAUAGUGAGCUUUUGAUGGACAGGUGAUCUCUGACCGGGAAGUACAGACGUCACUCAGUGGCAUGCACCACGCAUAUUGAAAGCUCUCGUGGUGAUUAAAUAUGGUCUCUACCACAAAAAUAUUUUUUUACAGACAAAGUGAAAUAAAUUUAUUUUAAGCUCAUACACAGGUUCUACCCUGUAAAGAAGUUUAUACAAAGAUUUAAAUCUGACAUUGAUCUUACACGCUUUUUUUGUUCGAGUUAUGAAGAAACUGUACACUAUUUUGGUCAUGUCACUACACUCAGAAACUUUGGGAUUACAUUGGUGUGUUUGUCAAGUGUAAGAUUUUGCCAGACUUCUCAGUACAUAUGAAAACAUUAUAUUUGGGUAUUAUGACUAGGGCUAUGUACGGAUAGUCGAACAUUCGAAUAUUCGGUCUGCUGUAAUUAUUCGAUAAAUAAAAAUGCUAUUCGAAUUUCGCUAUAAAAAAAUCCACAAAAAAACCUGAACACGCAAAUUAAAACUAACAGCCUAUAUGCAUUGGGUGGCGCUGUGGAGCAUGCAGUGAAAACCAGUUGAUAGUGUUUGAUGACAAAAUGGCGUCCUCUGCAUCUAAGCGUAGUGAAGUUUGGAAAUACUUUGAUCAGAAUGAUCAUCAGGUAGUGUGCAAAAUCUUUCAAGCGAAACUGAGUUACCACAACAGCACUUCUACGAGGAAUCAUCUUAAGUGCAAACACCGAAAUAUUAUAAUUGACGAACCUAAUAAUGAAGACACACAGCUGCUCAUCACCAUGUUCACGACUUCAAGUAGGCGGAGAUGUACCCCCGAGCGAGCCGAGAAGACCACUCAACUCAUAGCAAAAAUGAUCUCAAGAGAUAUGCUUCCUUUAAGUUUUGUCGAGGGGGGGAAGGUUUUAAGGAAGUCUUGCAGUUUCUUGAACCAGAUUAUGAUAUUCCUUCACGGAGAACCAUAACAGCAAGAAUAGAGCUUCAACAUGAGAGUUCGGUUUCCAAACUCAAACCUACUUUGGCGACAGUAGACUUCGUGGCCAUUACAUCUGACAGUUUGACAACAUUAACCACAGAGUCCUAUGUCACUAUAACAUGCCAUUUUAUUGCUGACACUAAGGUAAUAAUAAUAAUUAAUAAUAAUUACUUACAUUUAUAUAGCACUUUUCUAGACUCUCAAAGCGCUUACAUAGUCAGGGGGUAUCUCCUCAUCCACCACCAGUGUGCAGCAUCCACCUGGAUGAUGCGACGGCAGCCAUAGUGCGCCAGAAACCGGUCUUGGGCUCCAGGGUGAUAUGGCUGCCGGCUAUAUAUAGCAUAGUCAUAAGGUGAACAGUUAUGUCCUGCAAACCCGAGCAAUGGAAGAGCGACAUUCGGCUGCGAACCUGGCAGAUUAUUUGAAGACAUCUGUAGAGCAAUGGGGCUUGGACGGCAAAGUGGUCGUUUGCGUGCGCUAUAACGCAAGUAAUAUGAUAGCCGUGAACAGAGACGUGAACUGGGAAUCUGUACCUUGUUUCGCGCACACACUUUAAUUGGCCAUCAAUGAUGGAUUUAAAGCUGCAAGCAUGAAUAGACUAAUUGGUGCAUGUAGUAGACUUGUAGGACAUUUCCAUGACAGCACGAUCGCCUCAAGCACUCAAGCAAAAACAAACACAGUUAGAACUGCCUUUGCACAAACUUGUGCAAUACUGCAAAACACGCUGGAAUUCGGCAGCUGAUAUGCUCGCGCGUUUACAUGAACAGCGCUGGGCCAUCACCGCCGUGCUCUCUGACAGGACUGUAACCAAACUGGUGAAUGCUAAAACCCUGGAGCUAAUCGAUGAUCACUGGCAGACAAUUGAGGAUUUGUUACCUGUGCUCCAGUCUCUAAAAACGGCAAGUGAAGCACUGGGUGGAGAAAACUACGUGUCAGUCUCCAUGGUGUAUCCACUUGUGCAAAGCCUUCUGUGCAGACAUCUUCAAACAUGCCAUGGAGAAUCACAGAAAGUGACCGAAUUCAAAAGCAUUGUUGCGGCAUCUCUCAAGCAACGAAUAAACACCGCUAACUUGGAGAAUGCAGGGAAAACUCCUCUUCUCACGUCUGCCCUAGACCCUCGGCACAAACAUCUCAGGUUCCUUGACGAAAACAUGAGAGAAGAAGUAAGAAAAAAACUCUUAGAACAUUAUCAGAGUAUUAUCCUUGAUGCGAGUGGCACGGAUGCAGCUGCCGUCACCAACGAUGAAGAGGAUGGAAUGCCCACCCGUCGGAAAAGGCUGAGCCAGUCCAGCCGAGACGAGUGGGAACAGUUCUUGCUGGAGCCAUGUAUUCCACCAGAUGAGGAUCACAUUCAGUGGUGGAACGAAAACAAGAAGCGCUUCACAAAACUUAGUCUCUUAGCACACCGUUAUUUGUGUGUCCCGUCAACGUCUGUGCCGCAGUUCUAUUCUGGGGAAAGCAUGGCUAGUUUGCUAAGUGUCCUGGGACAGUCUUCCAAGAGACUUCCUCAUCUUGAAGAUAAGGUGCAACUCAAAAUGGAUCAACAACAAGGAGCAAGCAACCAACCAACUGAGGAAGAGGAGCACACAAGGAAAUACACUGAGCCUCUUCAGCAGAUGGAAACACGAUCAAGAUCAUCCAGGUCAUCAUUAUCAAAAAGGUCCAGCACAAGUUCAGCAGCAAUGAGAGCCAAAGCAAAAGCGGUUGCAGCCCAAGCUCAAAUUGCAUAUGCAGAAAAGGAGGCAUUUAUGAUGAAACAAAAAGCAGAACUUGAGGCAAGUUUGAUGAAGCAAAAAGCAGAUUUGGAUGCGAGUCUACACAUCCUUCAGGUUGAACGAGCAGCUGCAGUCACUUCAUCUGAAGCAGCAGCAUAUGAGUGA